GAAGUCUGAUAAAAAGGAAAAACAAUUAAAGAGACCAAGGAGCUACCCAUCCGUUCUGAAGAUGGACAGCCCUACGCCGAAACGACGGUUGAGUUGUCCGGAUCGUGAGUCUGCAAAGGCCCUCCGUUCGAGUUUGAUUCUGCAGCCAAAAGGCGGAUCUCCGUUGCUGAUGCUGUCUCUAGAAAAGGAUGGUUGUCGUGUGUACAACCCAGCCGAUGAUACGGUUUACGAGACGAAGAGUGACCUUUCAGGGUAUCGAUUCGUGGCAAGCUCCGGUAAGUGGUUUCUGGUGAUAGAUUCUCGAAUGAAACUGUAUAUUAUAGAUGUGUUUGGCGAGGAGGAGAGGAUCGAUCUUCCAGGACUAGAAACAUUCAAGGGUAGCCAUUUUAAGAUUGAGCGAGUAGGAGAAGAUAAAAUCAGACAUGUAGCAUUCCGUACUUUAUCUCGAACGGAUCCUUCUACUGCCGAAGAUGUGAGAGGUCGUUUGUGGGUCGAGGACAAGAAAGGAGGAGACUUCGUUGUCUUGUGGCUUUUCGAAAGGAGCAAUUACAUAGCGUUUUGCAAGAAAGGGGAUGAUCAUUACCGCGAGAUUUCAACACGGGACGGUGUUCUCGGGGAGUUACGAGGUGUAAACGAUAUGCUCCUUAAAGGUUACGAUCUUUACAUCUUUGCCACCCGUGGUUUCGUUCGACACUUGGAUUUGUCUCCACGGCACGAUGGUUUCAUUGAUGUGUCCGAGAAGCAUAGUUUUCCAAGGUGGCUGCCACCUCUGAGUAGGGAUGAAAUGGAAAGAAUCAACAAAUAUAAGAUCAUCUCAUGUAUCGAAAGCAUUGCUGUUGUUACAAGCUCUGGUCAGGUUUUGAUUGUCGUUACUUACGAGUUAACUUCAAAGGAUAGGGUGUUCCACCUCUACAAGAGGGAUCCUCAAGUUCUUUACCCGACUACCUAUGACACCAUGUUUGUUGAGGUACAUUCUCUAGGUGAUGAGGCCCUCUUUUUGGAUUUGGGUAUCACCGUGCCUGCUGAUCAUACCCUUGGUAUUGAGCCUAACUCCAUCUAUUUCACCCGCGGUGAUCGUAUCCGUCACCGCCAAACUUCAUCCCUCGACAUCUGUGUGUUCAGUCUUACCACAAAGACCGUCAAACGCUACCCCUGUCUCGAUGCCUCAAACAUCAAGGAUGCUCAGUGGUUUCUUCCCUCUUGAUUCUUACGUUCCUCAUGGUUUCCUCCCUCGGCCUUGCUCUCUUUCUUUCUGCUGCAAACUCUGGUGUUGUUGACACACAUUUCCAGACUCUACUUUGUUAUCAUCUUUUGCUUUUGAUGUAUAAUCUAUGACAUAUUGCGGUGGUGUUUAAAUCUCUUUGACUUUAUGUUCCAAAUUUCACAACCAUCACUUCAGGUCAACAUCUGCAUCAAGAGAUUGUUUUCGUUUUGCACGACCUGUGGUGAAUUAAAGUGAUUGCAAGCU